GGGUUUGGAGAUGGUGGGGGUGAGAGCGAGAGAGAGACAGAGAUGCACAGCAGAAGAGAGAGCCAGAGAAAGAGAGGAAUAGUUCAGUAAUGGGAUUAAGGGAGCUGGAGCGAGGAGGAGACAAACAGACAGAGCAAGUGAGAGACGGAGUUGGGGAAUCGGGGUUCAUCUGACUUUAAGAAGGGAGGGUCAUUCUAUCCACACACACACACACACACACACACACGCACACACACACACACACUCUGCUAGCAAGCAGAGGCACUGAGCCAGCCAGCAGAGAACCUGCUGAUCAGCAGCCAUGACAGAUACCGACUCUCUGAGCGAGGCACUGAAGGCUAUCAGUGUGAGUACAGAGCUGAUUGAUGAAGAGCUCAAGUCUCAUUUGGAUACAGUGUUAACUGCGCUGCUAGAAAAGAAGAAAGAUGCUGCCGUCGAGACUGUCAGAAGUGGGAUCCUACCCACACUGGCUCAGACCUUACGGAGUAAAAGCAAGCUGAGCUGCCAGGUGGCUCUGGUGGUAGCAGAGAUGGCACGAGAAGCUGCAGUCAGGGAGCCGUGCAUCGAGGCAGGCCUGGUGAAAGUGCUGGUUCCCCAUCUGAACAGCAAUGACCAGGAAAUGCUGCUGAACACUGGCAGGGCCAUUGGACGCAUUUGCUUUGACAACUCAUACCAGCAGGAGCAGUUAGUCCAGAUUGGUGUCAUCCCCAGACUGGUGUCCAUAAUGAAGGAGUAUCCGGAGAACGACCCGCUGGUCAACGUCUGCCUGCUGGCACUCUGUAACCUGGUGGACUUGGACUCUGCAAGGGAGGCCCUGACAGAGCUGGAUGUGGCAGAUGUACUGACCACUCAGCUGAAACGUGCUCCUGAUGCUGAACGCCGACAUGUCAUUUUGGAAAUACUGGGCUCACUGGGCGAGAGUGAUACACUGAAGCUGCAGUUUGCAGAGUCAGGAGUACCAGAGGCUUUAUCGGAGAUGAUUCAGGGUCUGCAGGGAGGUUCUGAUCCACAUGACCUCUGCAGCAUCAAGAUUGCUUCCAACCUCAUAGUAUCCCUGCUUUUAGGAGAUGAGUCUAUGCAGAAGUGUUUUGGUGAGGGAUCGGGUCUGGUCUAUCAGGAUGUUCUGUCCUGGCUCCAGAGCGCCAACACUCAGCUGCAGCUGUCAGGAGCCCUCGCCAUUGCUAACUUUGCCAGAAACGACAGUAACUGUGUGAAGAUGCUGGAUCUUGGUGUGGUUCCUCACAUCCUGACCUUGUUGGAGCAGCAUGUGGACGAAGGAGAUGUGUCUGUUCAGCAUGCCGGACUGAGCGCGCUCAGAAACCUAGCCAUUCCUGCCACCAACAAAGUGAAGAUGCUGGAGGAUGGGGUGACUGAGAGAAUAAAGUCCUUGCUGCGCUCUGACAUGCCACCGGUUCAGUUCAAACUGCUGGGUACGCUGCGCAUGAUGGUGGAUGGACAAGAGGAGGCGGCCUUAGUGCUAGGAAGAGAUGCCGUGCUGCUAGCUCGUAUCAUGGAGUGGUGUGAAGCCAAAGACCAUGCAGGAGUCCGAGGUGAAGCCAGUCGCCUUUUGGCCGCCCUCAUCAGACACAGCCGCAACCCUGAAGUUGUCCGUGCAGUCGCCAGAGCGGAUGGGGUUCGGCACCUUAUCUCUAUGGCAACAAGUGAGCAUGUCAUCAUGCAGAAUGAGGCCCUGGUUGCCCUGGCGAUAGCAUCUGCCAUUGACAUUGAGUUGAUGACGGAUCCUUUUAGGGAGGCGGAGCUGCUACACAUGCUGAAGAAGAUGCUGGAAGAUCCUACAGGAGCAGUCGAGGUCAAGUUCAGUGCUUUGGGUCUAAUCUGCAGCCUCGCCAACUCCAGUGCGAUGAAGGACGAGCUGAACACCAUAAAUAUGAGGGAAAGCCUCGUUAAACUGACGGAUCAUAGCAGCGAAAAACUUGCCUCGCAGGCCAGCUCCAUACUGACACUUCUGGGUGAUGCCAGCUAAACCAGCACCCUGCAGCGACGGAGCAUCUCAUCUGUUCAAUGGACUUCUCCAGCUUUGUCAAACACAUAUUCUGGUUCAAAUGAUCUUACUGCACAGAUGUUGAAAACUGACUUGUCAAAUGUUGCCUGUUUUGUGGCAGUGAAAGACUUAAGGACCAAAUUUUAGCGGCAGUGUAAUGUAUGUUGUCUAUGUGGGAGAGAAGGGCUCAUUAGUAUUAUGUCACUGCCUCUUGACAAAACUUUCUUUUUGGCAAGAGUCAUUUCUUGUUUUAUUCUUUUAGAUGCAUGAUGGUGCAAAUGCUGAUAUAAUGUGACCGUUUAUGAGGCGAGAUCAACUGAAAUAGCUCCGACUGAUGCGGUCAUUCAAUUACAACCGACGCCAUCUGGCUCUGGCUGUAGGUUUGUGGUGCUGGUAGACACACAGCGCUGCUCUUCACAAUCCACACAACUUCAUCUUUUUAGCUACUAUCGUCAUGCUUCCCUGUUGUGAGACUAGUGAUUUGACUGGCUGAGAGUAUAAUUAUCAAACAACAAACCCAAUGAUUUAUUUUCCAUUUCUUCUUUUAUCUUUUUUUGUUUGUUUUUGUACUGAACUAAAAUAGCAGAUGUGCUUGGAGAUGAAUAAGAUUUGAAACUGUGGGCUCCCCAUUAGAAUAAAUAUCUAUAGAAAUGUGUUAAAGAUCCAGUGUUAAACUUAGGUUAUGCCAGCUCCCAAAUAUCUUCUAAAGUUGUGCUGAUUUCCUUUAGUAGCAGCAAGUAUUUCAUACCAAGUUCAGAUAUUUACUAGAUGACUAUAGUUAUUAUUUUUACUGAAAAUGCACCAAGAACAUGUUAAAAAAAAAACUGGCCUCUCUCUCUAAAUCAGAAAGGUGUGAUAUGUGACAAAAAGUGUCAGCCACUCUCACAGCCCUCCUCAGUGCAGACAACCUGCUCUGUUGCCAUGGAGAUAGUUCAGCUGUCAUCACAUGUGCUAAGCAUGGAACUACAGUUAAAAAAAAGUCUGCAUCAAGCAACAUUUUAACCAAACAUGUGACAUGUAAUGUGUCCGUAUUGUGUGCAUUUUGAAUUAACAUACAAAUCAAAUUAACAGAUAAGCUCACUGAUAUAAAAGAGAAGUUACAGUCUUUUAGGGUUAUUUUCUCUAUACCUUUUUAAAAUGACCUAAUACGAUGUCCGUAAGAUAUUUGUUGGCAGGCUGUAACCUGGUCUCUAUGACUAAAGACGUCUCCCAUCGUCAGAAUCUUUAUUUUUAAAGAAACUCAUGUUCCGCCAUCAAAGCAUUUUAAUGUCUGGUACUGUCAUCCUGCAAAGCAAAAUGAAGUAAAGCUAUCAAAGGAGCCACGUUAACAAGCAAUCAUAGUGCGCUGCAUGGCCUCAUCCUAGAAUCUUUAUGGUGUAUAUUGGAUUUUGUCCCUGAGCUUUUCCAGUAGGAACUGCACUGUACAUAAAGUGGAGAUUGUUAUAUGAUCAUAUGCAUAUGUAGAUAGAAUUACAGGUUAUGACGUUAAUUACCAAAUAAUUGCUAACCCUUGUAGAAGCACUAAAUAAAGGUGCUCUUUGCAUCUAGAUUUCUCAGACUGAAGUGAUCUAAAUGUUUGAAGCUGUGAUCAUGUCAUACAUGACGUAUGGCACAUGUGUGAAAGCGGCAGUUUUAAGAAGUGAUGGUGUCGUGGUGGAUAAGAAUGACGUGAGACUCACAGUAACUCUGAUAUGACAUGAAUGUAGCAUUAAGGCUUCAUCAGCAGGACAACACUGUCUGUAGAGUAACUGUUACUGACAAUGGUGAGCAAAAAAAAUCCACAUGCAAAAACAAAGGGUUUUGAAGUUAUUUUGCUUCAUGAAUCAGGUGCCAAUAAAAUACUGACUGGUUCCUACUGGUACUCAAAUGCUGUAUUUUAAAUAAAAUUGUGUCUACGGCUACAAUAUGGAAUAGCAAAAUGAAUUUUGGGAACCUUGCUUUACCAUAUUAUUAAGGAGGAAAACAACUAUUGCUACUCUCUUGUUCCUCCUUUUCUUCCACUGUACCAACAUGUCAUUACCAGUAGGAACCACAAAGUACCUGAUUCAUACAGUGAAACUGUACAUUGUAGGUUAGACUUCGAGAACCAUUUUUGUUACACAGUUAAAGAAAGAACUAUUUUGUCAUUAUUGAGCAAAGUCAUGUUUGUGGUCCUAUCAUUACACAAAAUAAUCUGGCUCUGUAUAGCCUGAAGUUAUGCUCACACACUACCGUUCAAAAGUUUAGGGUCACUUACUUUUAAAAGAAAAGCAUUUUUUUCAAUGAAGACAACAUUAAUUUAAUCAGAAAUCCAGUCUAGACAUUGAUAAUGUGGUAAAUGACUAUUCUAGCAGGAAAACAGCUGAUUUUUAAUGGAAUAGCUCCAUAGGGGUACAGAGGAACAUUUCCAGCAACCAUCACUCCUGUGUUCUGAUGCUACAUUGUGUUAGCUAAUGGUGUUGAAAGGCUAACUGAUGAUUAGAAAACCCUUGUGCAGUUAUGUUAGCAAAUGCAUGGAGAACAUGAAAUUUUCUGGGUGACCUCAAACUUUUGAACGGCAGUGUAUGUACUGCACAUGCAGGAUUAUUUAAGGGAGUGAGUAAUUUUAUUACCAAGAGUGAAUUAGCAAAUUCUUUGCAGCAGAUUAUUUUUGCACAUUUUAUAACCUAUAACAUCAGACCAACUGCUUCUGGAUGAAACCAGGUAGCUUAUUGUGAAAAAGGAUUUAUUUGUUUGAAUGUGGUCUAAAUGUGAUGUUUUAUUAUUGCAUUUCAUAAGCACAUCUUAUCACAGAGUAAAAGAACAACUGCAAGGAAGGACAUGAACACACUCCUUAAUUAAUGGGCUUCAUCUUUUGGCUACUCUCACAAAUGCAAGUUUAGCUUGGGAUCAAAAUCAAGAACCAUGAACUGUCAGCUCGGGUUAGUAGUUUUAGAAGGUAAAGAUUUUUUUUUUAAAUAUAUAAGAAACACCUGAUCCUUGUCAACCAAUGUAGAUUACUCAUCCUAUUGUUAUCAUUUUGAUACUUUUCAGUGUACACAAUCAGCUCCUAGCAAACUGCUUGUACAUGUGGUGACAGUAUAACAGCAAUAUCCAACAAUCCUCUACAAAGGACACUUCUGUUACAGCAAAAAAUAAAAGGAAGUUUUGCAUCUGACAGAGGAAUUCUAUGGAAGCACAAUGUGAAGAAGCUACAUAUUGAACUGCUGUAAUCAUAGGGAGAGAAGGAGCAUGUGUGUUCUAUACAACCUAAAUCAAUAACGUGUUAAUAGAAAUAAAGCAGUAGUUUUGCUGUUAUGUUUCAUGUAAUAUCUGUAUUCACAUAUAUUACAUAUAUUCUGUAUACACAACCACAUAUUACUCCACAUUUGUCAACAGAUCUUGACUUUUUCCAGCUGAGAGACACAUUUGUGACACGUUAAAAGCUUUGAUCUAGGGAGAGCAGAAUAAAGUCAUGGGAUGUCUCCUGUC